AUGGCCACCAUUCCCCCAACCGUCUACCAGCACGCCUGCGAAACGACUCUCCACCUCCGCAACCUCCUCCCCGAAACCCUGCAAUACCCGAAAGUAGCUAUCGUAUGCGGCUCUGGGCUGGGCGGGCUGGCAGAUACGAUCGAGGCUGAGCCGAAGGUUGAGGUUGCGUAUAAAGAUGUGCCGAACUUUGCGCAGAGCACGGUCCAAGGCCACGCAGGCAAGCUCGUCUUUGGGCAGAUCGGGCCCUCCAAAGUCCCUGUAAUGCUGCUAGUUGGACGUGCACACUUCUACGAGGGCCACACAAUGGACCUGGUCACGUUCGCGACGCGGGUGUGCAAAGUCAUAGGGGUGGAAACAAUCAUUGUUACGAAUGCAGCCGGUGGCUUGAAUCAGGAGUAUAGCGUCGGCGAUAUUGUGUGCCUGAAUGAUCAUCUGAACAUGGCGGGAUUGGUGGGCAUCCACCCCCUACGUGGCCCGAAUAUCGACGACUUUGGAGUCAGGUUCCCGCCGCUGUCAGACGCGUAUGAUUUGGAGCUCAGGAGACGGACGCAUCAAGCGUGGAAGAAGGUGGGACUGGAUAAGCAGAAAAGGAGGUUGCAUGAGGGUGUUUACGCUUUCGUAGCUGGUCCAACCUACGAAACGCGAGCUGAGUGCCGCAUGCUCCGGACUUUAGGUGCUGAUGUCGUUGGCAUGUCGACGGUUCCUGAGAUCGUAGUUGCUAGGCAUUCGGGCAUCAGAGUGCUGGCUUUCAGUCUCGUUACAAACAGUGCAGUUCUAGAAGCGGGCCCAAGAGGAGAUGACGAGACACUUCAGAGCAUGAGUAAGGAGGAACUAGAUCAACAUCUGAGCCAAGGAAAGGCGAACCAUCAAGAAGUGUUGGAUGCGGGACGGGAUGCUGCGAAGGAUAUGCAGGCCCUGGUGAAGCAGAUCUUGUCAGACCUGUACGAGGCGUGA